AUGCGACGCUCUGCCACCUUCCUGGGGUUGACUGCUCUGCGGAGCGUUGCUGCCACUGGUUGGCGCUACCACAAACAAGGGGCACCUGAGCGGGUUUUGCAGUACGAGCGCUACCGAAUCCCUUUUGAUAGGAGCGGUUCUCAAGCAGUGGUAAAGAUGUUGGCGGCCCCCGUCCACCGACACGACCGGGCCAUGAUCGGCGGGUACUGUGGGCCGCUUCGACCCACCGCAUUUCCGCAGGUUGCGGGUGUUGAGGGUGUUGGAGUUGUUGAAGAAGUUGGUAAAGGGGCCUCACUGCUGCUUCAGGAAGGCGACCUUGUAUGGGUUAAUAAUCCAACAGUGGGCACAUGGGCCACACAUGUUGUGACGGAUGUUGAAAAUUUGGACGUCGUGCCAAAUCGCGCAGAUGUUGAUAUUGAAUACCUUGCUUCGCUCUCGCUUUUCCAUACGGCGUACCAUUUAACGAAUAGUUUCGUGAGUCUGCAACCAAACGACGUAGUACUUCAGACAGGCGCCUCGUCCUCUAUCGCUCAAAUUUGUCAGGGUUACAUCCGUGCCCGUGGUGCAAAAUUGUUCCAGACAAUGCAAUUGGGACGCACGGAGCAUGCACAUCUUUUAGCUUUCUUCAAAAUGAGGGGAGCAUUUGCCGUCGUGCCGUACAAUUACGUGCGAACUAACUACAUGCGUCGGCUUCUUUCUGACGUGCCGCCGCCAAAGCUUUUACUCAACCACACCUGUGGUAACUUCGCUUCCAGUUUAGUUAAUCUUCUCGGUGACAAUGGUGUUUGUGUUACAUAUGGCAAUACAGGCGGAAAGCCGCUUCAGAUCGCCAAUAUGGACGUCAUUGCACGUGGUAUUAAGUUCAAAGGAUUCUUCCUACCACACUGGAUAAAGAGCCACACACGUGAGGCUCGGAUGCGCGUUCACCAGAAUGUUGUGGAGAGCAUGACGAUUUCGCAGGGCCACGGUAUAUUUCGGGCGCAGCGCUUCAAAAUGGAUGGCGACAGCAUAUUCGCCUUCAGCAACGCAUGGGAUGCUCCCCUCGGCAGCCGCAAACCCGUUCUGCGCAUGGUGGGCGAAUACGGUGAGUGGCGCCGACCCCGCUCAGACCAAGCCGCAUGGAACAUUGGUCGUGCGGUAUGGGACGAUUUACUGCAGCAAAUGUGGGAGAGCGCCGGAACAACUGAAAAUCCUCAGUCAAUGAAGUACUACACUCCCUUCAACGACAUUUAUUCGCAAUUUCAUGACGGGAAGCAAUCAAAGGAGAUGGGCCAUCGUGAAGUUUUCUUCCGUCGGCCAAACGCCCCACGUCACAAUGCGGCAGAGAGCACACAUUGA